UUCAGUCAGUCACCCAAUGAAUAAAAAUAUAAUUAUAACCUAACUUUACUGAAAUAUUUUCUAAUUUGCUUUCGUAAAAAUUACAUUCAAAAACAUAGUGGUAAUUCAAUAGUUGUAGAUUUUCCAAUAAAAUAAACUAAAAUGGCAAGUAGCCGAUUGGAAAGAAUUGGAACUAUUUUCACACGAGUGGAGGGAUUACUGACAAAAGGGGCAAUGAGACCUGAUGAUAGACCACUGUGGUUUGAUGUGUAUAGAGCGUUUCCACCCCUUACAGAACCAAAAUUCGCCAAGCCUAAGCCUGAAAUUAAACCUAUCAGACAAAUUCUGUACUCUGAGGAUGCUGUCAGAGCGAAGUUCCACUCAAAAGGCCAUGGCUUAGGAGCAGUAAACAUGAUAAGUCAAACAGAAACCCAAACCAAGAAACUCAUUCAACAGUAUGAAAAGCUCAAAUCUGAAGGCGUGCCAGAAAACGAACUUAUCGAGAAAUCUGCGGCAGUAGUCGGCAGUGAAAGACAACUAGAAGCAACAAAAGCCAAAGUUAAUAUCCAAUCUCCUAAUUCAGUUACAGCUCAGGUUUUGGCUGAUGCUGACCUCAAGAAUAUUUUCUCUGAAAAGAAAAUAGAAUAAAUAAAAUUAUCUACCUAGAAUAUACUUAGAUAUCUGUUAUUAGUUAUUAGAUUAGUUAAUAAAGAUUUUUUGUUAAUUAA